GGGGCCCCACAUCCCUCUGAGAACAUUCAAGCAUCUUGACUAGCAGCAGCACAGUGAGUGCAUUGACCUGAAACCAAAGAAGAUGAGUUCAAAUUCGACCGCAACAAUAUAAACAGCCGAAACGAAACAAACAACAGCAGCAGAAUGACAACAAGUUCCCUCAAAACAAUGCAUCAGUUCUUCUCUGCUGUCUUCCUCUUCCUCCUCCUUCCACUUUGCAGCAACGCUCAAACAGCACGACAAGCGAACAACACGGGCUUCACGUGCAACUUCACACGCACGUGCACGUCCUACGCCUUCUACCGGGCCACCGCCCCCAACUUCACCGACCUGGCCUCCAUCGGCGACCUCUUCUCGGUGAGCCGCCUCAUGAUAUCAACCCCAUCCAACAUCUCCUCUUCUUCCCUCAACACCCCUUUACUCCCAAAUACACCCCUCUUCGUCCCCUUAACCUGCUCCUGCAACCCCGUCAACGCCUCCUUCGGCUCCCUCUCCUACGCCAACAUCUCCUACACCAUCAACCCCGGCGACACCUUCUUCUUAGUCUCCACCAUCAAGUUCCAGAACCUCACCACUUUCCCCUCCGUUGAAGUCGUCAACCCCACCCUCCUCGCCACCAACCUCUCCAUCGGCCAGGACACCAUCUUCCCCAUCUUCUGCAAAUGCCCCCCCAACAGCCAAGGAACAAAUUACAUGAUCUCCUACGUCGUCCAACCCGAGGAUAACAUGUCGUCAAUAGCUUCAACUUUCGGUGCUGAAGAACAGUCCAUCAUUGACGCCAACGGCGGUGAGACAACUCUACAUGACUAUGACACCAUUUUCGUGCCCGUGGCGCGGCUGCCGGCUCUGUCGCAGCCCGCGGUGGUUCCUCCCGCGCCGCCGCCAGUAAUUGGGAGCAAUAAUGAUGAUAGGACAGGGACUGUUAGAGGGUUGGGGGUUGGAUUGGGGAUUGUGGGGUUGUUGUUGAUUUUGGUGAGUGGGGUUUGGGUGUACAGAGAGGUUGUUGUGAUGAAGGGAGUGGUGAGAGAUGAUGAGGAGAAGAAUGUGUAUUUGGGAGGGAAAGCGGAGGGUAAGAAUUUGGAUGUCAAGUUGAUGGCUAAUGUGUCUGAUUGUUUGGAUAAGUAUAGGGUUUUUGGGAUUGAUGAGCUGGUGGAGGCCACUGAUGGGUUUGAUCAGAGUUGCUUGAUUCAGGGGUCGGUGUACAAAGGCGAAAUUGAUGGGCAUGUCUUUGCCAUCAAGAAGAUGAAGUGGAAUGCCUAUGAGGAACUCAAGAUCUUGCAGAAGGUAAACCAUGGGAAUCUAGUGAAGUUGGAGGGAUUUUGCAUAGACCCAGAAGAAGCAAAUUGCUAUCUAGUCUAUGAAUAUGUAGAGAAUGGAUCUCUAUACUCAUGGCUGCAUGAGGGCAAAAAAGAAAAGUUGAGCUGGAAAAUAAGGCUAAGAAUAGCCAUUGACAUUGCCAAUGGUCUCCAAUACAUCCACGAGCACACAAGGCCACGGGUUGUGCACAAAGACAUCAAGAGCAGCAACAUUCUCUUGGACUCCAACAUGAGAGCCAAAAUUGCCAAUUUUGGGCUUGCAAAGUCUGGAAUGAAUGCCAUUACCAUGCACAUUGUGGGAACACAGGGCUAUAUUGCCCCUGAAUAUCUUGCUGAUGGUGUGGUCUCUACAAAGAUGGAUGUGUUCGCAUUUGGGGUUGUGUUGCUUGAAUUAAUUUCUGGGAAGGAAGUCAUUAACGAGGAGGGAAAUCUCUUGUGGGCAAGUGCCAUCAAAACCUUUGAAGUGGACAAUGAGCAAGAGAAGACAAGGAGGCUGAAGGAAUGGUUGGACAAGGAUAUUUUAAGGGAGACAUUCUCAAUGGAAAGUUUGAUGGGUGCUCUCACCGUUGCAAUUGCUUGCUUGCAUAGAGACCCGUCUAAGAGGCCCAGCAUAAUGGAUAUCGUCUAUGCACUGAGUAAAAGUGAAGAUAUGGGCUUUGAUAUUUCCGAUGAUGGGAUUGGUUCCCCACGGGUGAUAGCUAGGUGAGAUGGGUUGAGGUACUGACCUAUCUGGUUUUGUUUUUGGUCAGAGAACCAUUUCGACAUUUUUGUCUAAAGAAAUCCAUUUUUUUUUUUGUAAUCUCUGGUUGGGGUGGCCUUGAUCCUUUUUGUAUGCGAUUAGGUUUUCUUGUUGCUAUGGAUAUGCCGACCACGAAAAAGGGUAUAGAAGACCACCCCCAAUAAGUAGUACUUCGUGAAGUAGGGCUUUUCUGAGCCCAAAAAUAAUGAGUGUAAUAAUCUUAGGCUGUAUAUGUAACUAGUCUCUACCUAUGCUAGCACACAGUUAUGUUGGUUUGUACACAUGUUGUAAAACGAUUUGUUUAUAUAGUAACUAGCAUAAUACUUGUGCAUUUGCACUGAUUAUGCUGGAUUUUAUACAUAUUUUAAUAGAUGUCUUGAAACAAA